ACAAAGAUGAUUAUAAAUCUUGCAUGGUUGAUAUUACUGUGUUGCGGUCUUAUCUCAUCAUCACCAAAUAUCGUGAAAGCUAUUCAAUGCAAAUCAUCUUGUUAUAAUGUGAUAGAAAUGAUCAAACUUAAAGAUGGAAGAUAUCUGACAUGUAAAGCAAGAGGUAUCAAGCAUCCACCAAGACCAAGUGAAAACGAUUCAACAGCUGUGUCCCCACAAAAUGAGAACUUGACAUGGUAUGUAACAAAAGGGACCGAAAAAAGAAUUGCUCUGAAUAUAACAUGGAGUUUAAGAGAGUCAUACAUUCCUAAGCAAGGAAAUUUGAGAAACUUCAGAGGAUUUUAUUUGACUGUCGGAUGGACGAACUUGGCUUUGCGAUAUAUAGCUAGAGUGAAAAUAAAUAAGAAGAAACUGAAGCAUGACAUCUCAAUCGAACAAAAUAAGAAUUCAACGGAUAUUUUCUUCAGUUACAAAUGCUAUGGUACAAAAUACCAAUUCAUACGUCCAAAUGACAACCUACAAGUAACUUACAGUUCUAUUCCACUGGCAAAAUGGGAGGAUAACAGACAAACAAAGAUAAAAAUAAUCAAAAUUCCAGACCCCAACCAACACAACCCAAAGAAUAAAUAUAAGCAAGAGCAGACUUCCAAUCAUACAAAAUGAAUUCAACAGAAAUCAGCCAUAAUCUGACUAUUUCAACUUCUUACUUUCAAAUUAGCAAAGAUGAUUACAUUAUUUGGUAUAGAAAAAUUUUACCGCCUUUGAUUGCAGUAUUUCUGAUUUUUUUGAUGAUGACCAUUAUGUUGAAAAUAGUGGAAUGUUACAAAAAAGCGAAACAAGGACAAAGGAAAAAACCUCUGCAUAUACUGAUGAUAGCAGACAUCAACAACCAAAGAAACAUAGAGACGAUAUAUAAUAUGGUAGAAAAUUAGCGUCAGGAUUAUAACCUCAACAUAACCUGCAUUGGGAACAA